CCUUCUGCCUCUUAGACUCUUCUCGUGUCAGAUCGUGUACUGGGAUCCAUUUGAGCUCCAGCAUUGUCAAGAGACCAGUGGAAAGUAGUUGGAGCUCGAGAACAGCGAGAAAGUUGCUCCUGGGGCGUAAGACGGAAGGAGCCGUUAGAAAUGUGCAAUUGAUGUUCGAGUCCGAAGUAAACAAAAGGUCGGCACCUUCCUUGCCAAAAGGGCCGUUUGUCAGGAAAGAUGGCCAUCCUAGACGCGGAACGCAUCUACGACGGGAUUGUUAAGCGGAAGAAACCCAUUGAAGAAGCCCGGGUGCUCACGCCAUCUUCUAUCCCAUUUUCCUCUGCAAUCCGAAUCCUCCAUGAUCGUGGGGAUCAGGCCUGCUUGCACGGUAAGCCUUCUUUCAAGACUUGGCACAUUGUCUAAGACGAACGUACACCACCACCGAUUGCGAUGAAUGACUCGCUUUCCAAUACCCGGUUUAAUGCCUAGGCAAACUGGCGCCAACGCCACGAAUCCCUCAAAUCCGAAAUCUCUUGGAUGUUUACCAUCCCUGACCCACUACGGCCUCGCCACACUUUCCAAACCUGAGUAUGCUUUUUCCGCUGAAGGUACUACCCUCUAUCCCUCUCCUUAUUCCUCUGCUACAGCAUCUGAUCCCAUUCAAGACCGAGGCCACAACACCAUGUCAUAGACCCUUUUUGGUCGCGUGCUAAACACUUC